AUGGAGUCAUCCAAAGCGAACUUGAAGGGAAAACGAAAGAUGACAGAAAGAAGUAACGAGGAAACAAGAAGUUAUUUCACAUGGAAUUUGGAGAUGGAACGUGCAUUAGCUGAUGUAUUACGAGAUCAAAGAAGUUUGGGCAACAAGAGUGAUGGAGCUUGGAAAAGGGUAGCAUAUAAUGCUGCAGCUGUAAUGUUAACUACCAACUUCAAAAUCCAGGUCACUUGGGAAAAUGUAAAAAAUCGUAUCAAACUUUGGAGAUCAUGGUAUGGCGUUGUUAGUGACAUCCUCAGUCAAAGUGGAUUUGAUUGGGAUGGCACAAAACACAUGAUUACAGUUGACAAUGAAAAUGCUUGGAAUGAGUAUGUUAAUGCCCAUAAAGAAGCAAAACAAUUCCGUUUCAAGGUGAUUGCAAACUGGGAUGAUAUAGUGGACUUGUGUGCUAAAGAUAGAGCCACUGGACAUGGAGCUGAGACUGCUAUAGAUGCUGAUGAGGUCAUGAGCAGAGAAAUAAAUGAAAGGGAAUUAGGUUUAGAGGGUGCUAGUGAUUCCAUAUAUUUAGAUGAACCUGGCUCUACUACUCAAAGAAGGGGUCAAUCUUCAGCUUCUACUAGCACACAAUCUCAAAGGAGAAAGACAGGAGAAAAAGAUGGAAUAGCUAAUUCGUUGAAAGAAGUGGCUGAAUCAUUAAAGUGA